AUGACAAAUAUUUCUCCAGAAGAGGAGGGCAGUAGCCCGGAGUUCAUUGCGAACGCGAAAAAGCUCCGAGCUUGCAGCAACUGUGCGCGCCUCAAGAUCAGAUGCAGGUGGCCACCGGCCACGGAACAUGGUGAACCAACCGAUUGCACAAGAUGUUCUCGGAUGAACAUCCGCUGUCGGGUGCCGGAACCAGUACCCAGAAAGAAACGGGGAAAGUCGAGUCGAGUCACCGAACUAGAGAAGAAAAUCGAUGGCCUAGUCAAUCUUUUCCAAACUCAACAACAGACCAAGCAACAUGGAGCUCAAGCUCUUACUCCCGCUACCAGUUCAUCGACUUAUGAAGAAAACCAGCUGCGUGGACUACUGCCUUGCGCCGGGCUCCCCAUGCCUCAACCUGAUACCGAAGCAUCCUCCAAUGCUGUCACCCCUGACCCUCACUGCAGCACUCAACACACCCCAGAUGUCGGUCCUUCGAAUACCUUGCAGUUGGUCCCUGGACUCUCCCUCACCAUGGAUCAAGCCGAAGAAUACCUCAACAUCUACCGCACUCGCAUGGUCCCACACUUCCCCUUCAUACCUAUCCACGUCAAUGUGACGGCACGGGAGCUCCAUUCCCAAAAGAGGUUUCUUUUCUGGUGCAUCAUGCAGGCUCUAAUUCCUCAGGAAGCCCCUGUCCAGAAGGCGGUAGAUGAUUGGAUUCGGCACCAUGCAGCAGUGCAUAUUAUCGUGAACAGGGAGAGAAAGCUUGAGCUGCUACAGGGCCUGCUAAUCUACAUUGCCUGCUAUGCUUGGGGUGACGUCCAUAUCCACUUGGGCAUGAGUGCCAACGGCCUACUGCAACUUGCCAUAGGCAUGGUCUCAGACAUGAGCAUCAACACUCUUGCUGGACCACUAGCCUGGAUGCCCAAGACCAUGUUGUCGGAUGCAUGGGCUGUUAUCAGCAAAGGAAAACACUUCGAAACCCCAAAACAGACUCUAGAGGAGCAGAGAGCGGUCUUGGGAGGCUACUUCAUUGCAUCUAGCGUGGCGAUUUCAAUGCGAAGAAGCCCCCAAGUACAAUGGUCUGCACAUAUGGCGCGGUGCUGCAGAAGCAUCCGUGAAGCUGGAGAGUUCGCAACGGACUCAAGCUUGAUUGCCUUCGUGCGCAUGCAACAUAUAACCGAUCGUCUGAGAUCUUUGUUCCCAAUUUACGACAGAGACGAGGACACACCUGCCCCAUUCUUCAAGGAGCACUACAGCGCAAUAUUCUCGUCCGUACGAAAGGAGAUUGAGGACCUUCAGAAAGAGGAGCCUGGCAUAAACAAAGAUAACCGUAAGUGGCUCUUUCUUUCACGCCGGCAACAUCUGCUUACCUCAUUUCUCCUCGCAGCUCUUGUUUGGUGUCAUUACGUGACCCUACCAGUCAGACUUUACGAGCCCGCACUGGGCAUGCGACCAAUGAGCCCAGCAGAUACAGCGUCGCCGACCGAGCCGUACAGCCGGACUGAAGCCCUCUGGAAAUGCCUCGAGUCUGUUCAGGCCGCCAUGGAUGCUUUACUGUCUAUACCUGCAGAGAUAUAUGCAUACCUGCCCUUCACCCUAGUCUCAGCCACCGCCUUCGUAAUGAUGGCAGCGAACCGGCUUCUUUUGGAAGACGGCAGCCCCGACUGGGACGUUACUAUCGCUCGGCAAAAGAUUCCACACGCGCAAAACGCACAACGCAUGGCAGACAGGUUCGAAGAGGCGGAUAACGUUGCCCUUGUUGUCGGCCAGAAGAGGCGCCUUUUUGAAGACCAGACGUCUAGAUGGGCUAACUAUGCCUACCGUGCACGAUGGAUGAAGAACUGGUAUUUGAGCAAAGUGUCUCCUCCGCAGCGGGAGCCGUCCGCUGAGCAACCUCCGAAUACCGCGGAGGGUUCAACGAACGACGCGAGCAUGUCUUGGGUGGACGAUGUCACCAUGGACAAGAUGUUCUGGGGACAGAUGAUUGUGGAUGGAUUCGGCCAGAUGCCGUAUGACUUUCAGUUCGGUAACGAUUCGAUGCAGACCUUGCAGGGCAUCAUGUGGCAGGAUGGGAUGAGCACGACUGAGACGAUGGCCAUGGCGAACAUGAUACCCCAGUAG